GGGAAAAGGUGAAAAAAUGGCGACGCACACAGACUGCAUUUCUGCGCCACUGCUCCUCUAAAAACACCAGAAACUUUUCUUAAACAUUGCGAAUGGGAUAUCGGGCUUCCCAAGGAGGAGUAUCUACACUUUUUGGCGCGUUUUAAACCCGGGACUGGAGAGAAAUCAAAGUGGAAGUGUAGGUGUGAUUGCCGUCAGCAUGUUGGAAACGGCCUACCUGGACGGCUAUCUGUCAGUCGGGUCGGAACCUUUGGAACCCAAGCACCUGCUUCCCAAAAGAGAAAAAACCUGCAUUGACCAGGAGACCAGCUUGACCGUGGGCCAGUACGUGCUGUGCCGCUGGUCUGAUGGCCUUUACUACUUGGGCAAGAUCCAGAGAGUGAGCACCUCAAAGCAGAGUUGCUUUGUGACGUUUGAAGACAAUUCCAAGUUCUGGGUGCUUUGGAAAGACAUACAGCAUGCGGGGGUCCCUGGGGAGGAACCUAAAUGCUCAGUGUGUUCUGACAUGUCUCUGGAUCCUGGUAAUGAAAUCCUUAUCUGUGGGAAGUGUGGAAUAGGCUACCACCAGCUCUGCCACUUGCCCCCGGUGGAGAGCUCAGCUGACCUGUCCCCAUGGUUCUGCAGGAAGUGCAUUUUUGCUUUAGCUGUUAGAAAAGGGGGAGCUCUGAAAAAAGGGCCGAUCGCUAAAGCGCUGCAGGCCAUGAAGCAGGUGCUGAGUUAUAAUCCAGACGAGCUGGAGUGGGACUCAUUGCAUCGUACAAACCAUCAGCAGUGCUACUGUUACUGUGGAGGACCUGGAGAGUGGUACCUGAAAAUGCUGCAGUGUUUUCGCUGUGAGCAGUGGUUUCAUGAAGCGUGUACACAAUGCCUGCAGGAAUCCAUGAUGUUUGGAGAUAGGUUUUACUUGUUCAUUUGUGCAGUGUGCAAUAAAGGAAUGGAAUACAUCAAGCGGCUGGCUCUCAGAUGGGUGGAUGUCGUCCAUCUCGCCCUGUACAACCUUGGAGUUCAGAGUAAGAAAAAAUAUUUUGAACUGGAAGAGAUCCUUGCCUUCAUCAGCAACAACUGGGAGCAUUUCCAGCUGGGCAAGCUCUCCAAUACCCCUCCAUCUGAACGAGGACAGUUUAUUCUUGAUGCACUCAACAACUAUAAAAGCAAGUUUCUCUGUGGGAAAGAGAUCAAGAAGAGGAAAUGCAUUUUCCGACUAAGGACAAGGGUUCCCCCGAACCCCCCCUCUAAGUUGUUCCCGGAGAAGGCCCAGAACAGUGAGGGUCACAGGGGCCACAAGAAAGGGGCUAGCAGAAACAGUAAUUCCAUUCCUGCAGAGAAGAGAAGGAAGAAGAGGUCCAAAUGGCUGCUGGAGGAUGCUAUUCCUAAUAAUGACCUCACUUCCACCUGGAGCACCAAUCAUCACAUGGCCAACAUCUUUGACUUCACGCUGGAUGAGCUGCAGAGUUUAAAGAGUACUAGUUCAGGACGGACGUUCAGUUUGGACCAGGACUCCACUGAUGCUGCCAGUACUUCUGGAUCCGCCACUACCAGCGUCUCCUAUGACUUCAGGAAAAAUGUGGGCAGUCGGAAGAGGAAGUUGCCCUCUUGUAACUACUCUGUGCUGGCCACAAAGAGAGAGAUGGUGGAGAGUGAGCUCAGUCCGCUCAGCAUGCCUGGUGAGGAGAGCAACGUUAUGAUGGAGAACAGCAUCGACAGCCACACCUUUGAGAGCAUCGGUGAGGACAACGACUCGCUGUCUCACCUUAAGUCUUCCAUCACCAGCUAUUUUGGGGCAGCUGGUCGGCUCACCUGUGGGGAGAAAUAUCAGGUUCUGGCUCGUAGGAUCACACCUGAAGGCAAGGUGCAGUAUUUAGUGGAGUGGGAAGGAACUACACCUUACUGAAAGUCAUAGAACAGGAGGUGUCGAACAGAUGGGUGGCAAAGGAAGGUGACCUGGCUCUCAAUAGAUUCUCUUUAUUUCCUGUGUUGCUUUUCUGAAAGUCAUAGUUUCAGAGUUUUAGAUUUGUUUUGUUUCCACAAACCAUAUUUGAUAAAGCACAAAGUUUUUUUUUUUUUUUUUUUUUCUAGAAACAGUGGGUUAACUGAUACUCUGGUCUUGUUUGAUGUGGGACCUUAGUCUUUUUUUUUUUUUCUUUUCUUGAAGUCAAUCACAGUGUCCAUUUGCUAGGGCACUUUAAACUCACAGACAUGAGCAGUCUGAUUUAGUUUAGACACAUAUGUUAACCUUACACAGUAUAACAUCUGGUAUCAGUUAGUAGGCAGCAAAUAAAAGACAGUAUUAAACAAUAUUAAGUCAUUUUCAAUUUAGUUGUGGGACCCAAGAGUUUCAGUUCCUAUUGGGCAUCAAAGCGCCACGGCAACUCAUCUAUUCUGAGUAGCUCUAAAUCUGUUUCAUAGGUGUAAAAACCUAUUAAAAAAAUAGUUCAUUUUUGUAUAAAAGUAAUGCACCUUUGAUUAAGUUUAGGGUUCAAUUAAAGAAAUACUUGACCCCAAAAAUGAUAUUAUAUCAUUAUUUACUCCCCUUCAGACAGUAGGUGGCAAUAUAAUGACAGAACUUAAAUUUUUUUUUGCUUAACUAUUCUUUUAAAGGGAUAUUCCGGGUUCAAUACAAGUUGAGCUCAAUCCACAGAAUUUAUGGAAUAAUGUUGAUUACCACAAAAAUUCAUCUGACUUGUCCUUUUCGUUAAGAACAAACAAAAAAGCAAAAGUCUGGGUUAUACAGUGAGGCACUUACAAUGUUAGUGAAUGGGGCCAGUCUGUAAAUAUUAAAAUACUGUUACAAAAGUUUAGCCACAAGACAUAAACAAAAUGAGCGUUAACAUGAAUUUAGUCUGAUAAAAUCACUUACUAACCUUUUCUGUGUAAAGUUAUAUCCAAUUUUACCACUUAGUUGUCAUGACGAUGUAACGCCGUAAACCGUAAACUGAAUGUAAAAACGACGAUUUAAACAACUUUACAGUUUAAAUAAUACAUGAGUUUUAACAGAGCAAUUAAUGUAAGUGCUUUUAUAGAAGUAGAAACUUCACAUUUCUGCCUUGAAACCCUUUAAAAAUGGGCUUAAUUAGUACUGAACCUGGAAUAUUCUUUUAAAUGUGGAAUAUAUUUUCCAAGCAGUACUUUUGUCUCAGAGAGUAGUUUUCUUAAUGUAAUUCAUUGUCUUUCAUUCAUCUCACUCAGUAUUUCUGCAAAAGGGCGAUAUAAUGACUUGUGCGCAUUUGUUUGUUCACCAACAAUUGUCAGACAGCAGUAUAUAUAGUUAUGUUAAAAUACAUUUUAGUCUGAACUUUUUGUUUUCAGCCAUAGUUUUGAAAUACGUUUAGGUGAUUUAUAUAACCAAAGUGAUGCAAAUACUGUUUUAAGACUGUUAAAAAGUAUUCUUCUAUUUUGUAUGCUUUUGUCUGUAAGAUAAGACCUGCUUUGGCUGAGAAAACAAAACGAAAUUGAAAGUGGAGCGUUCCAGAGAAACCAUGUCAUUUGCAAAAGAAUUUAGGCUAUUUUCAGCAUUUGCCCACUGAUUACAGUCAAAUCAAAGUUUUUCUCCAAAGAUUUUUAAUUUUCUUCAUUUCACUUAAGGUGGAUCUGGAAGUGGAUAUAUGCAUAUUAACAGAUGUUUGGGUUGACUGGAAAAUUGAAAGAUAUGUGAAGUUUCAAAGCUGUCAGGUUUGAUGAUUCAAUAAUUGGACUUCAUUAGUUUUAUAGUACACAACAUUAUAAAUAUACUUUAUUAUUUACAUGUAUAUAAUUGGAUAAAAGAUUAACCCCCAUUUAAUAAUUGCACUAUUCAUAUUUUAUCAGCUAUGCAAGCUAUUAUUGGAAAGAUUAACAUAUAUUUUGUAAUUGAAUUUAAAGAAAACUAUAUAAAAGGCUAUUCCAAGUAUUUGAUACUCUUUUUUUUUUUCUUUCUUUUUUUUUUUACCUUUUAUAAUGUUUCCCCAAUUGUAAAGCAUUUGUGCAAUUGAAUACCGGUUGCAACAGUAUUGUCAACAGAGUACUGAUCAUGUUCACAAGUUUUGUGUGUCAGUUGUUGAUUACUUUUCAAUUUUUUUAUCAUUUGGUUCCAAGUUUAACAGGGUUCAGAAGAAACACAUAACAACAUAUCUGUCAUAUCUGUGUCAAGAUUAAAGUUAAUAUGUUUUGGAUGCUCUUAUGACAGUAUUUCUACAUAGCACACUCAAAGCCAUACAUGACAAACAUGUAAUUUUUGGAAACAGUGUUAAAUGUGCAAACUUGCAUAUGUCAUUAUUAAUUCAUUCCUGUUUCAGACCAUUAAACAGUUUGUCAGCAAUGAUUUUGUGUGUCUCAUGAUGCUGUUCAAACAAAAGGUAAAAAAUGUAGACAUAGUGAAUUUAUGUUUCUAAUCAGAAACAUUUGUUCAGAUUCAUUCAUUGAUUCGUUCAGCCGCCAUUAAUGCAGAAUGUAUCUUUAUGCCAUUAGGUGGCAACAAAUAAUUGUCUUUUGUGUGUUUUAAAAUGAAUAGGUCUCCCAAAAAGGAAAAUUCUCUCAUCAUAUACUCACCCUCAUGCCACCUAAGAUGUGUAUGACUUUCUUUCUUCAGCAGACCACAAACGAAGAUUUCUAGAAGAAUAUCUCAACUCUGUAAGUCUGUACAGUGCAAGCGAAUGGUGACCAGAACUCUGAAGCUCCAAAAAGCACAUAAAAAGCAACAUGAAAGAAACCAUAAGACUCCAGUGGGUUAAUCAAUGUCAUCUGAAAAGAUCCAAUCGGUUUUCAGCCGAAUUUCAUUUCUGGCCACCAUUCACUUGCAUUGAAAUGACCUACAGAGCUGAAGUAUUCUUCUGAAAAUCUUCGUUUGUAUUCUGCAUAAGAAAGAAAAUCAUACACAUCUGGGAUGGCAUGAGGGUGAGUAAAUAAUGAGAGAAUUUUCAUUUUUGAGUGAACUGUCCCUUUAAGUGAAUUACACUGAUUACAUUGAGUCUUUUGCGAUCGACAAUGGAAGUGAACAAGAACAAUUCAAUCACUUAAAAGAUUCAUUUAUAAACACUGACUUGUUCAUGAAUGAAACACCUAUCUAGACAAAGUGUGGCUACUUUAAGAAAGGUCAAAUUUAAGAAAGUUUUAAUUCUAUAUUCUUUGCUAAUGCAUAAGUCUCAUGCUUCCAUUUGUGUUAUUUCUUUCCUCUGAUGACUUGUCUGUUAUUCUACUAAAAUGUGAAAAUUACUCAUUAGUGUCCAAACUUUUGACUAGUAGUGUAUGUUGGUAUUCUUAAAUGUGCAUUCGGUAUUUUUUUUUUUUUCUCAUUA